CUCUUCUCUCUCCUCUCCCCGCGGCGGAACCUAUAUAAUAUGACCCGUCUCUUCCUCCACGAAAUCCUCCUGCAACUCUAACGUCCGAGCUUGUUUCACCAUAUCCAUGGCCACCGGCAACCAUGCCUCUCUCCUCCUCCUCCUCCUCCUGUCGUUCGGCUCCGCGCACUCUCGCUCCAUCCUGGGGCCUCAGCCGCCGGACCCCGUCUCCGACGGAGCCUCCCCCGCCGGCGGCCGACCAGGCGACGGCCCCCCCUACCUACUCCUCCCGCGGUCCUCCUCCUCCGCCGCCGCCGACGACGACUCGUCGUGCGACCAGACGUACGGGUUCAUGCCCUGCACCACCUCGUGGCUCGGCAACCUGUUCCUGAUCCUCGUGUACGGGUACCUCAUGUUCACCGCGGCCACGUACCUGUCCAACGGCAGCGAGCUGCUGCUGGAGAUCCUGGGGCCCGGCAUCGUCGGUGGGCUCUUCCUCCCCAUUCUCGGCGCACUGCCCGACGCCAUGCUCAUUCUCGUGUCUGGACUUUCUGGAAGCUCGGAGACUGCUCAAAGUCAAGUUUCUGUUGGAAUGGGCUUAUUAGCUGGAUCAACUGUCAUGCUUCUUACAGUUAUAUGGGGAUCUUGCGUUAUUGUCGGGAAGUGUGAUAUUCAUGACUCAGUUGCAUUGGACAAACAAGACACAAAAGGAUUUAGCUUGAAAGGUUCUGGUGUCAGUACAGAUUUGUGGACGAGUUAUGCCGCAAGGAUUAUGGUCUUUUCGGUGAUACCCUUCAUUAUUGUUCAAUUGCCUCAAAUUCUCAACUCGACUUCGGGGAGGCACUUGGCUGUCUUAAUUUCGCUGAUUGUCUCUCUGAUACUAUUGAUGGCAUAUUGUAUUUAUCAGGUUGUCCAGCCUUGGAUCCAGAAGCGGCGACUUGCUUAUGUGGAGCACAAGCAUGUUGUUUUAGGUUUCUUAAGGCACCUACGGACGCGUGCCCUGGGGAGGCUACUUACAGAUGAUGGUGAACUGAAUAAGGAUGUCGUCGAGAAGCUUUUCAGGACCUUGGAUGAAAAUGGUGAUGGAUAUCUAAGUGCUGCAGAGCUUAAAGCACUGAUAGUAGGAAUUCAAUUGGAAGAAAUAGAUUUGAAUGAGGACGAUGCUGUAGAUAAAGUCAUGAAAGACUUUGACUCCUCAAAUGAUUUCCUUCUGGAAUUGCCUGAGUUUGUGGAUGGUAUCUCUAGAUGGCUUAACAAGGCUAGAAGUUCAGGCGCUGCUUCUGGAAUAAAAAACUUUGGUUCAAUGAAGUUUCUAGAUGACUUGCAUCAUCAAAGUAGACAAGAGCAUGCUAAAUUGAAAGCUGGGGAUCAAACUGAUGAGGUCUCUGAACCUGUUGAGAAUACUAAAUUGAUAACCUUAAAAGCAGUGUUAUUAUUGGUACUUGGGACAAUCGUUGCGGGGGCAUUUGCUGACCCUCUUGUAGAUGCAGUUGACAAUUUCUCAGACGCCUCUGGUAUUCCAACUUUCUUCAUCUCUUUUAUUGCUCUUCCCUUGGCUACGAACUCCAGUGAAGCCGUUUCAGCAAUUAUAUUUGCAAGUAGGAAAAAGCAAAGAACGGCCUCGCUUACUUUUUCUGAGCUAUAUGGGGCAGUAACCAUGAACAAUCUCCUUUGCCUAUCAGUUUUCUUGGCCAUUGUUUACAUCAGAGGAUUGACAUGGGAUUUCUCUUCUGAAGUGCUAGUUAUCCUCAUCGUUUGCUUCGUGAUGGGAACCUUCGCCAGCUUCCGCACCACCUUUCCCUUGUGGACAUUCUCACUGGCCUUUCUUCUUUAUCCUUUCUCCUUGGCACUGGUUUAUGUCUUGGAUUAUAUUUGCGGCUGGUCAUAGACUUGAAACUUGGAACUUUCUCUCGGGCAAAUGGAGCUUUUCCUUUCCGUUUCUUUUCUGAACAGUUCCUUCAGCUAUAAUUAUCCUCAUGCAGUUGAUGUUAGUUAGAGUCGAGGUUGCCGCAUGAUUAGCAAAUUAGCGACCGGUGAUUGUAGAUUUGUAGGUUGUUUUACUGCUGAACAUGUUUAACUGUACUUCCAGCUCUAGUCAGUCUAAAUGACAAGUAUAGCAGUUCAGCGUGUGGUACGC